UCCUGGGAUUCGGUCUGAAUGAGCACAGACACAGCACAACAUUUUACAGGCAGCAAUCAGAGACUUAGAAUGCAGCUCGUUAAGGCAGCAGCGACAUCCCUCCUCCUGUGCCUGAUCCCCGUGCCGGCAGUGCUGGCAGACAACUGUGCUCCCUACAUCGGUUCGGAUUUCCGUUACCACCCACAACAAAAUUGCCUGUUUGGCUUUUGUGCUGGAAACUGCUUAGAAAGGCACUGCGGUAUCUUGCCUGGAACCCAGCUGAACCAAUCCCAGCUUCUGUGCAUUGUAAACAAUUUUUGGGUGAUCAUUGGAUUCAGCAUCUUUAUCGGCCUCACACUGGUAGCCUCAAUUAUCUCUUGCAUUUGCAAAUGCUAUUUGUUGGGGGCCCAACGACAGCGCUCCAGUCAUACCAAUGUGACAAUGACUAAUAUCAUGCCUCUGCAGCCAGUGAUUGCAGCGAUGCCCUCAGCAGGAUACCAGCCAGUCGCAACACAUCCGAGUUACCCAGGCCAAUACUUGCCACCCCCAGCCUACCCAGGGGGUGAAAAACAGACUUUGAUGGCAUAACCUUGAAGCACCUGAUUGGCAGCUGUUAAAUAUGUUAUCAGUGAACUUUCUAAAGAAUGGAGAGAAGGCAACGUGCUCUCUGAGUGCCAUAUGAGUUAAUAUUCUGUUAUAUGUUUUGCUUUAGUGACUAGCGCUUUGCAGUUUGGAAUCACUGGAAGAUGAAAAAUUUCCCAUACACAGACACAGUAAAUACAUGGACCAACCAGCUACAAGGGGUCAUACACUGUAUAGUCCCCAUUCAUUUUGUUCCUAACAUGUAUGAAAAGCAGGAAAUGACCAGACCAACCAUUUUCAAACCUGCCCAAUUCCUGAAGUGACCAAUACCCAUAAACAAUCUUAUUUAUGCCUAUAUUGCCACCAUAAGUCUUGCUGCUACCUUUCACGGGUACAAAGGAUGUUGUGUAUGGGACAUUAGGCACAAGGUUGGGCUUUAGGUUGAUUGGAACAAUUGCUCCAUGAACAUCUGUCCUUCUGGCCUCAUGCUAAAGAUGCACAGCCAACUUCCAGACAUUGUUAAACUACAACUCCCACAGCUGAAGGCUGCUCAAGACCAAAAACAGAAAGAACAGGUGCCAGGACCCACAGUCAAGAUAAUAAAAAAAAUGCAAAAAUAUUUAUUAGGACAUAGUAGAAAAUGGCCUAACACGUUUUGUGCCUGUUAGGGCACAUGCUCAUAGGCUCACGAAACACAUUAGGCCGUUUUCUACUAUGUCCUAAUAAAUAUUUUUGCAUUUUUUCAAUAAUCUUGACUGUUUUUGGAGGGACUCACAACUACUGUUGCAAUUUGGUGGCUGCUCAAGAGCAACAACAUCUGCACCAGUUCCUUAAUUGAUUUGGUGGCUAAAUCCAAAGCCAGCGUUAUUUGGUACACAUUUUAGAAUUGUAUUAAAGCCGUGAUUUAAGGAAUACAUUUGGAGAAAAAUAGUGAAUUGACAGAAUUUGUGUAAAGAAAAUCUUACCCUUAAAGGGCCACUUCACCUUCACAA